AUGGGGAACGAAGCGUUAUCGACACCAGGGUAUUACUUCUGGGGGAAACCUGGAAAUGAUUGUGCCCAUCUGCGGCUGCAUCAGGGCACCCUGGUUGGCCGCUUCCAUCUCUGCAGGAUCCAGGAACUAGAGGAUGGUCUGGCGCACCAUUGGGAAACACAGUGGCAAGAGUUCCUGAAGACAGUCGAGUCCUCACACUUGCAGAUCCAGAGCUGGCUGAGGGAGCACAGAGCGAAGACGUGCGCCCAGGCGGUAGUGUUGGCCGAGGACUUCCUGCGGAGGCAGGGAGCGGCUACAUCAGCAGAGAAGCGAGUGCAUGAGUUUCAUCCCCGCUCCACUCUGCUAAACCAGGCUCAUGAGAGGACCCACACGGGAGAUAAGCCACACAAAUGCUCGGACUGCGGGAAAAGCUUCAGCCAGAAGGCUCAUCUUAAUAGUCAUCAGAGAAUUCACACCGGAGAGAAGCCGUUUCAGUGCUCACAGUGUGGGAAAAGUUUCAGUCUGCGAUCGGUUCUGAUUGCCCGCGAAAACACCCAUGCUUUAGAGAAACUGCACAAGUGUUCAGACUGUGGGAAAAGUUUCAGUAACAAAUCCCAGCUGACGAACCAUCAGAGACUGCAUACAGGGGACAAGCCCUAUAAGUGUUUUGUCUGUGGAAAAACCUUCAGCUUGAGCUCCCUUCUUACUGGACACUUGAUAACCCACACAGAGGAGAAGCUAUACAAAUGCUCACACUGUGAGAAAAGCUUUGGUGGCUGGUCCACCCUUGUUGCCCAUGAGAGAACCCACACAGGAGAGAAGCCGCACAAAUGCCAAGAUUGUGGGAAAAGCUUCAGCCAGAAAACAAAUCUGAAUAGCCACCAGAGAAUCCACACCGGGGAGAAGCCACAUAAAUGUCCAGACUGUGGGAAGGGCUUUAGCCAGAAAUCGCACCUCCUUACUCAUAAAAGGAUACACUCAGGGGAGAAGCCAUAUAAAUGCUUGGAGUGUGGAAAGUGCUUCUCUCAGAAUGGCCGCCUUACUGAACAUCAAAAGAUUCAUACAGGGGAGAAGCCAUAUAAAUGUUUGGAGUGUGGAAAGUGCUUCUCUCAGAAUGGCUACCUUAAUAAACAUCAGAAGAUUCAUACAGGGGAGAAGCCAUAUAAAUGCUUGGCGUGUGGAAAAUGCUUCUCUCGGAAUGACAGUGUAACUAGUCAUCAGAAGACUCACACAGGGGAGAAGCCAUAUAAAUGCCUGGAGUGUGGAAAGUGCUUCUCUCGGAAUAACAGUCUAACUACUCAUCAAAGGAGUCAUACAGGGGAGAAGCCAUAUAAAUGCCUGGAGUGUGGAAAGUACUUCUCUCACAAUAGUCACCUAACUGUACAUCGAAAGGUUCACACAGGGGAGAAGCCAUAUAAAUGCUUGGAGUGUGGAAAAUGCUUCUCUCAGAAUGGCAGUCUAACUACUCAUCAAAAGACUCACACAGGGGAGAAGCCAUAUAAAUGCUUGGAGUGUGGAAAAUGCUUCUCUCAAAAUGGCAACCUAACUCUACAUCAAACAAUUCAUACAGGGGAGAAGCCAUAUAAAUGUUUGGAGUGUGGUAAGUGCUUCUCUCACAAUAGCCACCUUACUAGACAUCAAAAGAUUCACCCAUAG